CAUUUUUAAUUAGCGUAGGAGAGGCGCAGCCAUAGAAGUUAUGCUGACGUGCGCUGUUUUUAACUCAUGAAUGCUGGGCUAGCCCCAAAGAGGACAAUAUUAUUGAACAGUAUUUCUACUGCGUGUUGAACAUCGCCGAACCUUUUUUAGCUUGUAGAGCGGAUCCCCAAAAUGGCAACACUGUCAGACCGCUUAAACAUUAACAGCCAGAUUGAGCAUCUUCAGGCGAAGUACGUGGGCACUGGACAUGCUGACUUCACCAAGUUCGAGUGGGCGCUAAACAUUCAUCGUGACAGCUACGCUUCUUAUGUCGGCCAUCACAACAUGGUAGCCUACUUUGGGGUUGUUGAGAACGAGUCCAUUGGGCGCGUCAAGUACGAGUUCCUGCAGCGUAUGCUGCUGCCGUGUGGCCUACCGCCGAAGGCACAGGAGCAGAGCGAGGACGAAGAGGACAAGUAAAACUUGGCUAAGAAUACUAUGCGGACCAUGUUUUCGGCCUGAGUGUCCCUUGCGUUGGAAAUGUAACUCGUUCAACUUCUAAAGCUAGCGGCCAAGACAGGGCUGGUACAAUAUCUUUGGGGUUGGGGGACUAAUCCGACUUGGGAGGAUUUCCCACGUACUGGUACGCCCAACGAAUCCAGGUCUGCUUUCGCUUUGCUCCUAUCGUCGGCGAAGCCGUGCACGUGGUGAUGCGUUCACACCACCGCAGUGUCGUGACAAUGGUUGUUCACUGGAGCGGUAAGGGAUAUUACGGCCAUCCUCGUGCCUUCCUGUGGAAAGCCGGCACCCUGAGGGUGCAGCCAAAGUGGUUGCUUAAGGCUAGGCGGGCAAAGUGUAUGGCUUUGGGAGGUUAAUCUUUACCCCUGUGCUCGGCGUCUUUUGUUGAACUUCACGAGCUGACACUCGCUUUUCCAUGUGAGGGGUAUGACGGGUGGCGGUUCCUACGGAUGAGAGGUGAUGAGUCUAUCCGUCCUCAUGGUGCGCAGGGUGGAAACUGACUUUGUUGCGCCUGCUUUGGUGAUAGUGACGUCGUGCAUGAGGUGUAGCAGGCAGGGUCGUGGGCUUGGGUGCUCGGUACUGUAUGCUCCCUCAACGAUUGACAGAUAAGGUUCAUUGCUGCAACCAAGUUACUGAGUAUAACUAGCCCAACACGGAUUGUACCAUCUGUGUCCUACACUUACCUUUUUGAGACCGAAAACCCUACUAAAACUAAUUCCGAAAUCAUUCUGUUGGAGAGGCAUUGUGCGAAAGACGGGCGGUUGCAGUUUUGCGCUUGCGGUAUUGGCUUCGCGGUAUCGUGUGUUUAUGCCUUCCCGCUUGACCGUUGACCGCAGCAAUAGCACAGCCGACGGGUCGAUAACCACCUGUCAUUACACUUCUCUCUACCACUAUUCGCAACUGCUGAUUUGCUGGAACCGAGAGACCCCAACACGUGCCAUGGACAGUUUGCUCCAGUUAGCUAGGUAAAUAUGUAAAUAGGCCCACAU